UUUCAGAGGGUCAUUUUCAACAUUGUUAACUUCAGUAAAACCAAGAGUCUCUAUAGAGAUGGGAUGGCCCCUAUGGUGAAAUCUACCAGCAGACCAAAAUGGCAAAGGCUGCCACCCAAAAAUGUUUACUACUACCGCUGCCCAGACCAUAGGAAGAACUAUGUGAUGUCCUUUGCCUUUUGUUUUGACCGAGAAGAAGAUAUUUACCAGUUUGCUUACUGCUACCCAUAUACAUACACUCGCUUCCAACAUUACCUUGACAGCCUGCAAAAGAGAAACAUGGAUUACUUCUUUCGGGAGCAGCUGGGCCAGAGUGUGCAACAACGACAGCUUGACCUCCUGACGAUAACCAGCCCUGACAAUCUCCGGGAAGGGGCAGAGCAGAAGGUGGUAUUCAUCACAGGUCGAGUCCACCCAGGGGAAACACCCUCAUCAUUCGUGUGCCAAGGGAUCAUUGACUUCCUCGUAAGCCAGCACCCUAUUGCCCGUGUCCUCCGAGAAUACCUGGUCUUCAAGAUCGCACCAAUGCUCAAUCCUGAUGGAGUCUACCUGGGCAAUUACAGGUGUUCUCUGAUGGGGUUUGAUCUGAAUCGUCACUGGCUGGAUCCCUCUCCAUGGGUCCACCCUACCCUGCAUGGAGUGAAACAACUCAUCGUCCAGAUGUACAAUGACCCAGUAAAGGGGCAGAGGCCCACAGAGGUCAUAGCAAUUUUUGAAGUUGAUGAGCUGAAAACUCACCUGCGCAUUGCUUCAGGCCAGGACAUUAGUGGAGAUGAUGAAUUUCUCUGCGUGUCCAGCACAUCCUUUAACCGGGAUGCUGUGAAAGCAGGAACUGGCCGUCGCUUCCUCGGUGGACUCCUGGACCACACUUCCUAUUGCUACACCCUAGAGGUCUCCUUCUACAGCUACAUCAUCAGUGGCACCACGGCUGCUGUGCCCUACACUGAAGAAGCCUGUAUCCUUGGCCCGCCCCACCCAGCCUUGGGCCAGCCCUCAUCCAGCCCAGGGUAUCCAAGUCUGACAGGUCAGGAAUUAGGCCCCCAGCUCAGGUAA